AUGGCAUAUGCAGUCCUCAUCGCGGCUAGAAAGUUAAGACCAUACUUUGAUGCGCAUACAAUCGAAGUGCUAACAAACUUUCCUCUCGAAAAAGCCAUCAGCAAGCUAGAUACAUCAGGCCGGUUGCUAAAAUGGGCAAUAGAGUUGUCCGAGUUUGAUUUGGAAUUCCGGCCAAGAACUGCAAUCAAAGCCCAGGCAUUGGCGGACUUCAUAGUUGAAGCGUCAUACCAAGAAGAUGAAGUACAAGCUGAAAUAUGGGAUGUGUCAGUGGAUGGUUCAGCUGCACAGACAGGCAGUGGGGCUGGAAUAAUCAUGAAAUCGCCAACAGAAGACAUUUUUGAGUAUGCUAUAAAAUUUAUGUUCAACGCGUCAAAUAACGAGGCAGAAUACGAGGCAGCAAUUGCCGGCAUCCAAAUGUGCCUCGCAGCAGAUGCCAAAAGAGUAAUACUGACAACAGACUCCCAGCUGGUAGCAAGUCAAUUCAGCGGAGAAUAUGAGGCCAAAGAACCUUCAAUGGUCAAAUACCUGGAGAAGUUGAGGUCAGUGUCGGCUCAGCUAGAGAAAUUCAGCAUUAAUCUGGUACCCCGAGCAGAAAACACACUGGCAGACGCACUAUCAAAGCUAGCAAGUUCAAAUGUCGCCGACUUGAAAAGAACAGUCAUGAUGGAAGUCAUGAAUAAGCGAAGUACGGAGUCGGAGGUAAUACGGGUCAUGGCCAUCACAACUACCUCAAAAUGGUACGAUAAUAUCCAAACAUACAUACAGACUGGAGCCCUACCAGCAGAUUUGGCAGAAGCCAAAAAGACAAAAAGGGACGCGGUUUGGUACAUCAUCCUGUGGGGACGGUUGUACAAAAAGUCAUUUAGCCUGCCAUUCUUAAGGUGCCUGACAGCAUUCGAGUCAGCAAGGCUGAUCGAAGAGAUGCACGAAGGAACAUGUGGGAACCAUGCCGGUGGAAAACCCCUUGCCAUCAUCUGUCAAAGGCAAGGCUAUUACUGGCCAACAAUGUUAGAAGAUUGCCGAGCUUAUGUAAAAAAGUGCGAGAAAUGUCAAAAGUUUUCAGCUGUGAUAAACUUGCCAGCCAAUGAUUUGAUGCCCAUUCUGAACCCAAUCCCAUUCGCACAAUGGGGAAUGGAUAUUGUUGGACCAUUCCCAAUGGCGGCUGGAGGGCGCAAGUUCUUAAUAGUACCAGUGGACUACUUCACCAAGUGGAUAGAAGCAGAGCCGGUAGCAAAAAUAACGGCAAAUCAGGUGAAAAAGUUCAUAUGGAAAAAUAUAAUAACAAGAUUCGGGCUGCCGCAGGCAAUAGUUUUUGAUCAUGGAUCACAGUUUGAUUGUGCACCCAUACAAUGCUUCCUGGGAUUAUACAGAGUAAAGUUAGCUCACUCGUCAGUAUGUCACCCACAGAGCAAUGGGCAAGCAGAGGCGGCGAAUAAGCAAAUCCUGGCUGCACUGAAAAAGAAGCUAGAAGACUGUAAAGGCAAAUGGGCAGAUCUUAUGCCAGAAAUUCUGUGGUGCAACAGAACUGCUAUCAAGGAGGCUACCGGCGAGAGUCCAUUUAAGUUAAGCUUCGGGUCUGAGGCUGUCAUACCGGCAGAAAUGGCUCUGCCAACCAUGCGAAUCCAGCAUUACGAUGAAGAGAGAAACGAUCAGCUGCUGCGACAUCAGUUGGAUUUCAUGCCUGAAAUCCGCAUGAAAGCAGAAAUCACUUCGGCAGCAUACAAAAGCAGAAUGAGCAGAGCAUACAACAAGAAAGUGAAACACUGGCCUCUAGGAGUAGGAGACCUGGUACUGCGGAGAACGGCGGCAACAGGAAAAGGAAAUGCUCAAGGAAAGCUGACAGCCAAUUGGGAAGGACCAUACCAGAUAUGGGAGGAAAUUGUUCCUGGAUCAUACCGGUUAAUGCAAAUGGAUGGUACCGCGCUCAAAAACUCCUGGAACGCCAGUACUCUGUGA